UUCGGGCUGUUCGGGGUUUUUUGUUUUGUUUUGUUUUGUUUUAUGAAUCCAAGCAAUAACAAAAGAAAAGAAAAAAAAGAACCACACACAAAAUCAGAGUGUUUCGGUGUCUUAAAUAGCGAAAUGUAUGCGCCUGCUUGUUGGCCCCGGGUCUCUUCUUGUAUGUGAUCUUUGCUCUCUGCCUGCCUGGGUCUCUCACCAAGUGUGAAGCGCUGAGGAUCUGACUCUCGCCCGGCGCCUGCCGCCCUUAUAUCCCGCCGGCCGCCUGCAUGGUUAAUGAGAUGCAAAUGAGCAGCCCCCCAAUCUGGCGAGAGCUGUCACAAAGGAGCCACUUUUCCAAACCCUCCUCUCAAUGGAUCGCCAAAUGCAAGAGCAACCCGUUGCCAAGGGAACCGGGCACCCGCUGCGCCUGCGCAUUCGCCCUCCAGGCACUGGGCGUGUGGCUCGUGAGAAGGGCUCACCGGAGCGGAAGCGGAAGUGGAGGCUCGACCGGCCGGCGGUAUCUGGGGAGGGAAAGCAAGGCGUGAGUUGCAGACUGGAUCCUGGUGCUGUCGCUAGAUUAAUACCAAGAAUUCAACAAUGGGUGUGAGAGGUUUACAUGGAUUUGUGGGAAAUGCCUGUCCCAAUGUAUGUACAGUAGUAAAUUUGAAAGAAAUGGCAGAAAAAUACCAAAUUCACCAUCCUGGAUGCACUCCUGUAAUUGUUGUUGAUGCCAUGUGCUGUCUUAAACAUUGGUAUACACCAGAAUCUUGGGUUUGUGGUGGCCAGUGGCUGGAAUACCAUUCUGUUUUACAAGAUUUCAUUAAAGCUUUUACCACAGCAGGCAUCAAAUUGGUAUUCUUCUUUGAUGGUGUGGUAGAGCAGAAUAAGAGACGUGAAUGGGUAAAACGGAGACUCAGGAACAACAAGGAGAUAUCUAAAAUCUUUCAGUUCAUCAAGACCCAUAGACGGCAACCAGACAGAGAUAUGUUCUUCAUUCCCUCAGGGCUGGCCACAUUUACACGUUUUGCUUUAAAAUCUCUGGGUCAGGAAACUGUGUGUUCAUUACAAGAGGCAGACUAUGAAGUGGCUUCUUAUGGUCUCCAGAAUAACUGCCUGGGAAUUCUUGGAGAAGAUACCGACUAUCUCAUCUUUAAUACAUGCCCUUACUUUUCUAUUAGUGAGCUCCGCCUUGACAGUCUUGUUACUGUUAUGUUCUCGAGAGAGAACCUUUGUCAUAGCCUGGGUCUCGACGUAACAGAUCUUCCUCUCUUGGCCUGCCUCUUGGGCAAUGAUACUGUUCCAGAAGGCAUGUUGGAAAGGUUUCGGCAAAAAUGCCUGUCUGGUUAUUCUUCUGCUAAACAGAACAAUGACAAAAGAGCUAACACAAUUCUAGCUGUGGCAGACUACAUAGCUAGGGUACUCCACUCACAGCAGGGGGUGAAAACCCUGGAAGAGAUGUUACCUUUGGGACAAAACAAAACUGUGUUUUGCAGAGGGCUGGCAUCCUAUCUCCUUCCAGGGCAACAUUCUCCCUGGCUUCUCCAAAUACCCAGCUUGGAAACCUCAGACAAGCAAGAAGGAACCAUGUGUUCAGACCCAGAGAUCUUACAGGUAGCUAAGGAGCAACACAUACGGGCUGAAAGCUACCUGGUCUACAAUAUCCUAAGCAGUGGAGAAAUUGAAUGCAGCAACACAAUGGAAGAUGAACUUGACCCAGAACUCCCUGGCCAGGCACUGAUUUUCCGUCCUGCUCGGCAGCAUAUUUACUCACUCUUGUUGGAAGACAGUAAAGAUACUUGCAGAUCCUGUCCCAUGAUAAAGGAGUGGUUUGUGUACUUUGGAAAUGAGCUGAAGCAGCCAGAACUGGUACAACCCAUAACACUAGACAUUCCAGGUGGAACACCUAGUUUGAGAACACUGUGGCUGAGCCAAGAGGCAGAGGUACAAGCCCAGCGCUAUAACACCUUCCUGGCCUGCUUUCAGCUUUGGAACGAAAGAGAAGAACUUCAGGCUCUGGAAAACUCUCUCACAGCCCUGUGCUGUCUCUUGCUAUACCUCCUUUGGCAGGUGGAUACUCUCUCCCUGGAGGACUUAAAUGCUUUUAUUGCUCAGACUUUGUGCCUCCGAGGAAAAUCGGCUGCUCAGCUCUCCCGCAUACAGCUCACCCAUGUUGACUCCAGAGCUGUACAACUUGGCUCCCUCUUCAUCCGGGGCCUUACCUAUUUGAUUCUGGCCAACAGUGCUUGUGGGUUUCCAUUCAGAAUGGAUGAUUUGAUGGCUUGGAAGAUGUUCGAUGGAAAACUUUUUCAACAGAAGUACCAGCAGUCACACAGAGGCUGUUCUGUGGAGGAACUUCUAGAAGGCAACAAAUGUUGGCUUACUGAGUUUAAGAACCUAAAGUCACUGAUUUGCAAGGCCUGCGUGAAGAAAAACCGAGCUCUUCAAAGCAGACAGCGAGGACCUCAAUUCAUCAGAGAGUCAGAAAACAGAAGAUGGGGCUCCAGUUUCCAGAGAUCACAUCAGCCUCGUUUUCCCCCUAUGUAUCAUAAUCCCAACCAAGGACACCAGUGGAGAGGCCUUGGGCCUUACUCAUCUAGAUUUGAAGCUGGUCCUUCAGGUAGAGGAUAUAGGUCAGAAGAGCCAAUCCAGAAGAGAAGAUUCCAGCACACUCCCAGAUGGCCUAGAUGACACCAUAAUGCUGCUGGGAUGGAGCAGAAAUGUUUUACAGAUGAAGAUGACAUUUUAAAACAUGGGAAUUGAACAAAGAGAAAUAUACCUGUUUAAUUCUACUGUCUGUAAACCAAAUCAAAAAAGAUUAUUUAGAAAAGAUGGUGUUCACUUAAAAAUAGCAUUGUAUUUGUGUGGUGUCUUCUGUAUUCUGAUCUGUUGGUCAUUGUCAUUAAGUAAAAGUAUAUAAAUUUUUUUCCAGCAAGCAAGAUAUGACAAAAAUUGAAAGGAAAUUACCAGUUUAUCCAUUCAGAUUUGGGGUGAGAUUUCAAAUUAAACUUCACAUUAAAAGCCCUUUCCUGGGGCAGCUAGGUGGUACAGUGGAUAGAACACCGGCCCUGGAGUCAGGAGUACUUGAGUUCAAAUCCAGCCUCAGACACUUAACACUUACUAGCUGUGUGACCCUGGGCAAGUCACUUAACCCCAAUUGCCUCACUUAAAAAUUAAAAAAAAAAAAUUUUUUUUUAAAAAGCCCUUUUCUUCCUAUAAGUCAUUUCUAUACAGUAAAACAUCUGGAAAGACUUGAAUUUAGCCACUGCUCCCUCUGUGGUGGUAGAGCAAAAAGAGUGAUAAUUCUGAAUGUUCUUUAUCACCUUCAAAAGUUUUUAUAACAUUAAUGGGAAUGAUCUGUGAUUUACAGCCAAGUAUGACUUUAGUAAGUCCUAGAGAGUUCCUUGAGGCAGAUGAGGUAAAGUGACUUGCCUAGGAUCACUCAGCUACUCAGUGCCAGAGGCAUAAUUUGAACCCACAGCCACCUGAAUUCUAGCCAAACCCUUUGCAGCACUAUGCUGCUGAGAAGUAUUUAAAAACAAUAACAAAUAGAAAUUUACCUGGAAAGUAUGAUAUUGACUCUAAGGACAGUGUAGAUGGCAUAAUAGUGUGAGUAGGAAAGUUUUUAACAGUGAGAAUAGUAAAGAAUUAUUUGUGAAUAUGAUGCUGAAAUCAUCUCUCAAUCAUGGCUGUUAGGUGCCCAGAAUUGUGCUAUAUGUCAUGGGAAAUAAAGUAUAAGGCAUGGCUUCUGCCCCCAAGAAGCAUACAAUUUAGUUGAAGGAGGGGAGUAAUCUUAGUACUAGUAAAAGCAACAAUUAGGUGAAAAUAUAUAAUUAAGUGAUUUGUUAUUUGGAAUUUAAGUGUUAAAGAGUUUGAGAAGGAAAGAUCACUGUAAAUUGGAGUAGUCAGGGAAAAUAUUCUCGUAUAUGAUAGGAUUUUUCACUUUUCAUGAAGAUAUUUUCUCUUUGAGGCAACAGAACUUAAACUCUUGAGUUCUCCCUACCAUUAGAAGAGCUAAGCUCCUUUGUGUCCCCAUGGAAGGUUAAAGACACCGUGAGGGAGGAAGGAAAAAAUAGGAGAGGAUCAAAAAAGAGAGUAGAAGAAGAAGGAAAUAAGGACAAAAUGAAAAAGAAAAGUGGAAGGAAAAAAGAGGAAUCUGUGGUGAGCAGUGGUAGAAUACAUCAGGCAUUCCCUGAUUAAUGUCUAUGAAAGUUCCUUCCCAUUGGCCUAAAAAUUAUAUCUUCACAUAACUGAUGGACUUUUAAAAUUACAUCCCCAAUAUGAAAGAGGGUAGUCUAACAGUACCAGAUCUCAAACUGUAUUAUACAGUGGUAAUUCUCAAAAACAAUCUGGUAUUGGCUAAUAAAUAGGUUGAUCAGUGGAAUAGAAUAG